GUCCGUUAGGUCAGUACUAGCUUAAGCUAAGCUACCUACCUUACUAUGAAGUAACACUCUGAGGAGUAGAUGCAUAUCAAGUUCUCAAUAGCUCAGCCUAUCUAGCAUUAUUCUUCUUUGAGAGCAACUGAUCAAACUUAUUCGAAGAAAGAAAAAAGGACUGUCAUCUGUUCAUCACCAUUCUCGGCUUGUCGACAAUUACAUAUUGAGCCUAUUCCUCCGUCUUUCGACAACACGUUAUACAACAGCAAGACAACAGGUGUUUUCUUUCCCUUGAUACCACUCACAAUGACUACCCGUCGCCCUCAAGAGAAAUCCUAUGCUGAGGCGGCUGCCGCGCCGCCGCCAAAGGAAUCAGCUAGUUCUGAUGUCACCCCUGCAGUUCCGGCAGAUGUCAUCUACAAGCUGCUAGCAUUCACAGCCGCCAUGGUUGUUGGUCCUAUCGGCAUGUACUUUGUCACAGUAAACUCCGGUGCGAGUUCAACUGUGGCUGGUAUUACCGCCGCCAUCACUGCGAAUCUGGUCUUAUUCGGUUAUAUCUACGUGGCAUGGCUAGAUGAUCGAGAAGAGAGGGAAGCAGCAUCAAAGAAGAAAGAGAAAAAGGCCCAGUAAAUUGGGUCUAUUUCGCCUGCAGAUUAGUUUCAGAUGCUUUAUUCCGUUUCUCGAUAUACCUAUAUGUGUAUUGAUAUGUUAUGAUUUCGACUGGCAAAGUAGUGGACGCUGUGUGUUGAAAAGCUCCGAAGCAAUUCUGUUCGAUAUUUGUUGAAAUAGCACUGUUCAAUCCAUUAUGUUUCAUGGUCAAGCAUGCGACGAUCGCCACACACUAUGUGUGUCGCAUGCACUUUGUCGUCCUCACAAG